CGCGGCCAUCACGUUAGCAGCCCACUCGCUCGCUCGCUCGCGGCCGCGUCUCCCGUCGUAGCUCGGAGGAAGGUUCUAGACGAGGAGGAGAAGACGCCGCCGCCAUCUUCGCGGCCGCCGGAGAGCAGCCAGCAGCGGGGUGCGGGCGGGCGCGGGCGCGACGCGCGUGGCGCGGGUGGAGCUCGGAAGCAGGCGCAGCCUCCACGGGCGCAGGCGGGGUUGCCGGGACGCGCCUGGGCGGGCGGGCGGGCUCGAGGUUGUGGUGGGGCGUGUGGCAGGAUCCUCCUCGCGCCGCCAUGGAUCAGAGGAAGGCGUUGUUCCGGGCGAAGCUCCGGGAGCGCGAGGCCAAGGAGAAGCAGGAGAGGCGCAUCGACCCCUCCCUCGUCAGGUACAAUGAAUUUGAUCAGCCCAUCUGCAGAAUCUGCAAUGUUACUCUGAAAUCUGAAGCACUUUGGCCUGCACAUCAAGUUUCACGAAAACAUCAUGAGGCAAAAGCCGCUGCAGCUGCAUCUGCUAAAGCUCCAUCAGGUGCAGGGUCUCGUGGCAAUAAGGCCAAUCAUGAACAACCUGCAGAGUCUCAGAAACCAAAAUCUUCCACAUUGCCUGCCAACUUUUUUGAAAACCAGGGAAUGAAGAGGCAUAGUGAUGGCGCUGGUUCUGAAGGAAGGUCUGUGCGUCGGGAGGUAGCUGAUGUUCAGCAAAAAACCAAAGAAGCAAGCAAAACUAAGCCAUCUGUCAAUUUUGAGAAAAUACCAAAGAAAGAAAGUCAAGCCAAUACCAAUGUCAAAGGUGUUCUUCCAGGGAACUUUUUUGACUAUAAUGAUGAAGAUGAAGAUCCAGCUCCUACUGAGGCGAAUAGUGCACCUGGAAAUCCUCCAAUUUCAAAUCGCAUGCAGGUGAAAGGUGUACCUGAUGGCUUCUUUGAUGGCAACAAAAACAGCAAUGGCAUGCAACCCAGUGAACCAAGUCAAUCGUCUAAAGCCGUAAAGAGUUCAGAAACUUCUGAAGUAAAAGGAUCGCUACCAGAAGGUUUCUUUGAUAACAAAGAUGCAGAUCUCCGUGCUCGUGGUAUCCAACCUCCGAAAAUCGAUAUCAAUGAUGCUUACAAAGAAUUUGAGAAGGAAAUUCAGGAGGACUUGCAGGAAGUUGAUGAUCGCCUUGAAGAAGAGGAGAUUGAUGCUGCUGCUGAGAGAGAAGAGUACUUGACAUUAGAGCAAGAGGAGUAUAGGCAGCGGGUGGAUAUGCUGAAGAAACAGCUUACCGAGUCAAAAGCCGCCCGUACCACUAAAGCAAACAGCAAACCUGUUGGUAUGGACAUGUUGUCAAGCAGCGACUCAUCUAGUGACGAGGAAGAUGACAGCACGGAUUUUGCUGUUGAUUGGAGAGCACAACAUUUGAAAUGAUGUGGAGAUUUUUGUGAUUGGCUACCCACCGACGAUGACAACAUAGAUCUGUUAGCAUCCACCAUUGUGCAUCCGUGACAAUCAGAUCCCAGCACCUCUAGGUUUCUGCUUGAGGAGAAGAUGAUCUCUUUUUUUUUUCUGUUGCAUCUUGUCUUUUAUCGGAAAAAUGUUCGAGCUAAUCAUGAAUUAACACGAUGAGAAUAGUUUUGGAGAACUGGUGAAUGUGUAUAAUCCUUGCUCCUAAACCUAUGCCACAAUCUUAUCUGAAGGUGUAUGCCUAUGAUGGGCAACAUCUUUGUCGGAUUGCAACUUCAAGAUGAAAGUUGGAAGGGACGCCUUUACCUGUGCA